AUCACACAUAAGCAGUAAAGUAGAAGGUGAAAGUUCACUGUUCAGUGUUCAGUGACACAGGCAAACACACUCAUGCAUCUCACUGAUGAAAAAAACACACACCUCUUUGCCUCAGACGAUCAGGGAGUCGGAAUACGUCUUCAGACACACACAGAUGAUGGUUCUCCGCUCAACUUUGCUCGUUACUGCCCUCUUGUGGAGCCAAACAUCACUCGCCAGAGCAGGAAACAUCCUUGUGUAUCCAGUAGAUGGCAGCCACUGGAUCAACAUGGACGUUGUUUUGCGUGAGCUCCAUCAACGAGGUCACGAACUGACAGUGAUACGCUCUUCCAACAGCUGGUACAUUCAUGAAAAUGCUUCUUACUACAAAUCUGUGACCAUCCAGGUCAGUCAGCCACACUAUUUGGAGAGACCAGAGCUCAUGGCGAAGUUCUUGCAAAGGAACAUCGACAUACAAAGAGGUGAAGAAUCGCUUCUGUCCUUUGGUGCCAUGCAAAGAGAGAUGGGUACCUUGCUGAAGGAAAGUCACAGGCUCAGUGGGGAGAUGGUGAGGAUCAUUUUGGAGGAUAAAACUCUGGUAAAAAAGCUUCGGGACACCAAAUACGAUUUGAUCCUGACUGAUCCCGGCAACGGAGGCGGAGUCGUGUUGGGGUCAUACCUGGGCCUUCCAAUAGUGCUCAAUGUUCGCUGGAUAACAAACACAGAAGGGCACUUUGCAAUCGCACCAUCACCUCUUUCCUACAUCCCAGCAGUUGGAUCCCUAGUAAGAGAUCAAAUGAACUUCAAGGAAAGACUGAAGAACAUCCUGCAUUAUGGAAUUUCAAUGUACAUCGACCAUGCCAUUGCUAGACCUGCUUAUCAGGAUAUCAUCAGUGAGUUUAUAGAUCCAGAAGCUAACAUCUACUCCCUCAUCCAAGGCACCGAUCUGUGGCUCAUGCGAAUCGAUUUUGUGUUCGAGUUUCCUCGGCCCACGAUGCCAAACGUUGUCUACGUCGGGGGAUUUCAGUGCCAACCCUCCAAGCCUUUACCUAAUAAUCUGGAGACGUUCAUGCAGAGCUCAGGAGAACAUGGAGUCAUCAUCAUGUCUUUGGGAACGCUGAUUGGAAGCAUAAGUCCUGAAAUAUCCGAGAUCUUCGCUUCUGCUUUUGCUCGUCUCCCGCAGAAGGUUGUGUGGAGACACGUCGGACCAAAACCUUCCACCUUGGGCAACAACACACUAAUUUUAGAUUGGUUCCCACAAAACGACCUUCUCGGACAUCCGAAAACUAAGGUUUUCAUAACGCACGGAGGAACAAAUGGUAUCUACGAGGCCAUCUAUCACGGAGUUCCAAUGCUGGGAAUACCGCUGAUCUUUGAUCAGUUUGACAACAUGGUACGCCUGAAAGCUAAAGGCAUAGCUGAAGCUCUACCAGUCACAACACUGGACGUGGAUACGCUAACUCGUUCUCUGAAAAACAUCUUGGAUGAUAAGCAGCCAUACAGAAAGAACAUGCGCAGGAUGUCAGAGAUACAACGUGACACACCAAUGAAACCGAUGGACAGUGCCAUCUUCUGGUUGGAGUACGUCAUGAGGCAUAAAGGUGCGGCACAUUUGCGUACCGAGUCCUACAAGAUGCCGUGGUAUGCUUACCACAACGUGGACGUGUUAGCAUUGCUGUUCGGUGUUUUUGUAGUUGUGCUACUGCUUUUUGUUCUGACCUGUACACUUCUGUUCAAGAUCCUAAAAACAAAGAGAAAAAUCAAACAGCAAUAACUUGUCCCAACACACACUUUCUCAUCUGUAGCGUCUACUAGUCAUCAUGGUUGUAACCCAUCGUCUUUUCAGAUUUGAUAACAAUAUAUCUGUACCAUUUUUUUUUUUAAAAUUCAUAAAUCUAUCUAAUUUUUGACACUGAUAGAAACUGACUCCAAAAGUCAGAUCUGUCCACUUUUAGUAAAACCUUUAGAGUGGGUCAUAUUGAGCAGUGUUGCUGGAGCGUAUCGGGGCUUACGCUUAGAUCGAGCAAGUUGUGCAAGUUUACACAAUAUACAGACGAUGAUUUAUAAUUGUUCUGCUUCUUAAUGAAACAUAAACAUUCUCCACACACAGACUGAUUUAUUUUCCUCACGCAUAUUAGUUUUUAUGGCCUGAUGACAGGAUCGAGGUUGUUUAUGCAUUGUACUCCUACCUGAAUGUUCCACUUAUCACUUCACAGUGUAUUAAAAGUUUAAGGAUCAUUGUGCAUAAAAUAAACACUCAUUCACUGCUUAA